CAAUCAAUAACCUAUUUAGUGCAAUUUCAGUGUCGGGUGGUUUGGCCGUGGUUAUUUAAAAGGAGGUUGCUAAAGAAGUCAAUAAGCGGAACUAUUUAUAUUGAUGUGUUGGCUUACAGGGAAGAGGACUCAUAUUUCGGUUGCACGCUGUCUGUAAUCCUGGUAAUCCUCCGUUGGGGAGUUUUCGCUACCUUGUUGACUAGUUUUGGCAUGAGUUUUGGUCAUGUUUCGGAAUGUUUUCGGUAGAUUGUUAACGGAAACAAUCCGUGUUCACCGCUGUGUGAAGAAUGCACCUUUAACACAGAGGGCAAUACCCGCCUCUUUCUCGGCCAGGAGCUUUUCGGACGUGAAGGACGAAGCGCAGCAGCCUUUUGACACCUCCCUGCUCGAGUUCCUGGUAUGUCCGCUGUCCAAGAAGCCACUGAGAUACGAGGCUAAGACCAACGAGCUUAUCAACGAGGAGCUUGGCAUUGCCUAUCCCAUAAUGAACGGCAUCCCCAACAUGAUCCCCCAGGAAGCCAGACUCCUGCAGAAAGACGCAGGUGCCUCAACAACACAGGAUUAAAAACUCCCAUCACCACC